CUGAAGCAAUUGAGGAAGUUAAUACUGAUUAUAUCGAAUAUGCUAAUACUAGUGAAAAUACCAAUAUAGCUGGAGUGAUUGAGAAAGUCGAUACUGAUCAUACUGAAUAUACUAACACCAGUGAAGUCGAAGAUACUAGAUUCUAUGAAAAGGUUACAAGUUCCAAUUUGUUCAGCAACAAG